AUGAAAGUCACUGCUGUUGUACUGGGCGCAAAAGCUUUCACAGACCUAGGAGAAUAUGCCUGGAUCAUCAUAGUCUGGUUCUCCUGUCUGGCUGGAUGUGACAUCAUCCUUACUACAGCUCAAGCCUUUUACCUCCAUUAUCAUCGGACAGGAGUCGCUAGAACAAAUCAUGUUGUGAACACGCUCAUUCUAUACAUUACGACAACCGCUAUGGUUGCGAGUGUGCUGAUUAUCAUUCAGCUUUCUCUUUUUGUCGUUCUCAAGGGAUGGAACUAUGCCCAAACCUUCCUGACAUUCCAAACAAGUGCCAUACGCAUUAUAUGUCUUAUGGCAAACUUGAGUUCUCGCAAGGCGUUUGGAAGGGACGGAAGCCGAGUCAGUCAUGACACCGGUACCAGUCAAGGAAUUUCGUUUGGAAGCGAAGGAAGAUCAGUUGAUUACAAUAAGUCCAAUGUUGUUGACUUUCGCACAAGUAUGGCACUCAGUCAUGUCAUCAAUAUAUCUGAACCAGCGGAUAAGGGGAAAAGACAAGGUGCCAUCAGAGAUAUAAACCCAGAGCAGGAGAAUCUGAGCUAG